AGCCUUCGCUCGCGCUGCACAGGUUUCGUGAAAUAGAAUGAUUCACGCGCCCACCAAACGGCAUUGAUGAUAGUUACGUUGGAUUAUGGAAAAUGUCGAAGUCUUUGACUUUUAAACGCAUACCGGCAGAGGGUAGGAAUGAAGAAGUAGACCCCCCCCCCAAAAAAAAAAGAAAAGAAAAGAAAGAGGCAAAAAUGACUCCUGACUGUGUGGGAAGAAAAGAGAGGGGCGUGGAAAGUAUCAACUUGUAUAUUUUAGCGAGCUGUUGAGGCGUGCACCAAAGCAAACCAUUAUUAACUGACAGAAAAAACUAAAGAUACCGAAAGCUUAUACACAGUCUUAGAUAUGAGGUAGAAGCACAGCCUACGCAGACCAAUAAGUGAAGUAACUCCACUCUCAAGUGGCCAGAUAAAAUUCAGUUACAGUCCCGCACCAAGCCGCGCGUUUAGCAGUUGUUUUUCCCCCUCGAGCGUGCGUAAAACAGAGGACUCAGGGACCGCGAGAGAAAGAAUUCCGAGACAACGAACGUUCCCUGAAUAUGAUCACCUUUCUGUGCCUCGUGCUGUGUGUCCCCCGAGUGCUGUCUUCCACACUGGCCGCCGUCCUGCCCCAGGACCCCGCCCUGCGCAUCGGCUCCAGCCUGACGGCCACCUGCACGGUGAGCCCCGAGCUGGGCCUGCACGCCAGCGCCCUCUACUGGACGCUGAACGGGAAGCGGCUCCCCGGGGGCUCCUACCGCGUGCUGGGCCCCACCGCGCUCGCCCUCACCCUGCCGCGGCUCAACGGCUCCCGCCAGCAGUCCGGCGACAACCUGGUGUGCCAUGGCAAUGGGGGACACGUGCUGGCCGGCUCCUGUCUCUUUGUGGGCAUGCCCCCGGAGAAGCCGGUGGACCUCACCUGUUGGUCCCGAAACACCAAAGACCUCACCUGCAGCUGGAGGCCUGGAGGACAGGGAGAGACCUUCAUCAGAACCAAGUACACCCUGAAGUACAAGCUGAAGUGGUACGGGCGCGAGCAGGAGUGCGAGGACUAUGGCGUCGGGCAGCCCUACUCCUGCUACAUCCCGCGCGACCUGGCCCUCUUCACGCCCUACGAGAUCUGGGUGGAGGCGUCCAAUCAGCUGGGGGCCGCCACCUCUGACGUCAUCACCCUGGACAUCCUGGACGUGGUGACCACGGACCCCCCCAGCGACGUGCACGUGAGCCGCGUGGGGGAGCUGGAGGACCAGCUGAGCGUGCGCUGGGGCACGCCCCCCGCCCUCAAAGAGUUCCUCUUCCAGGCCAAGUACCAGAUCCGCUACCGGCUGGAGGACAGCACCGAGUGGAAGGUGAUGAAGGACGUGGGGAACCAGACGUCCUGCAGGCUGGCGGGCCUCAAGGCCGGGACGGUCUACUUCGUCCAGGUGCGCUGCAACCCCGUGGGCAUCUACGGGUCCCGGAAGGCCGGGAUCUGGAGCGGCUGGAGCAGCCCCACCGCGGCCUCCACCCCCCACAACGCUCAGCUGCAGACCGGGUCGUGUGACCCCAAGGCGGGGGAGCAGAACUCCACCCUCCGGCGGGAGCUGAAGCAGUUUUUCGGGUGGGUGCGGAAGCACGCCUUCGGCUGCAGCGGGAUGAGCAUCAAGCUGUACGACCAGUGGCGGGUCUGGCUGCAGAAGUCCCACAAAACGCGCAACCAGGUAGAUUCUACCGGGCGAUGAGUCCUAGCAUACCCUCAAGACAGAAGUAAAAAAAAACAUUUUUUUUAAAAGAACUGAAAAAUGAGGGAAUUUUGAGUGGGAAAGUCUGCGUUCUGGAAUGCUGUCGGGUUCCACGCAUCGAAGGUUCUGCUGCUCGAGGAGAACCCCCACGGGAACCUUCAGAAGAGCGACUGGCGUGGAGGGAAAUCUCAGCGGUGGUCUGCUUCACAGAGACGCCCGGAGCAGACUCGCAGACCUGAACUAUCUCCUGUUAUACAGGCAACGGACCUCCCAACAAACACAGAACAGUUUUCAGACCAUGGAGAGAGAGAGAGAGAGAGAGAGAGAGAAAGAGACAGAGAGAGACAGAGAGAGAGGGAGAGACUGAAAGAGACAGACAGAGAGAGACAGAGAGAGAGAGGGAGAGAGACAGACAGAGAGAGACAGGGAGAGAGUGAGAGAGACAGUGUGAGAGCAAGAGAGACAGAGACAAAGAGUGAGAGAGAGAGAGAGUGUGAGAGUGACAGAGACAGUUUGAGAGAGACAGAGAGAGAGAUAGAGAGUGUAGCGGCGCUGAGUAUUUAGCAUGGCCUAUGCUGCACUCACAGAGCGCAGGCUUUAAUGUGGCAUUACAAUCGGCGUGGCAACCCUCUCUGCCACACCCCCCGGGACACUUCUCCACCCCCCCCCCACCCCCCCACCCCCCCCAACAGCCGUUUGGGUGGGAUAAUCCCAGAAAAGACAGACAGCCCGUGAGUGGACAAUGGGAGAAAUGACUGCCGAUAAGCGGGGAAUGAGGAACCGGUGAUUCCCCCCCGCCCCCGUCCCUCCCGUCCCUCCCUCCCUCCCUCCUUCCACCUGCUGCACUGUCUGUCAAACCGAUCGUCUUAUCCAGGUGCUGCUUGUAGCUGUCUGCCCUUCGCAUGGGAAACUGUUGUUAACUGCUGCAGCGAGACCAGCUGUGAUGGCAGUUUUGGGAAAAGCCAGGGAUCCGUUAUCCACACGGUUACAUCCCUUCGGCUUCGCUCUUACAACUGGACACGGGCAAGGUCAGAGGCUUUUCCAGAGAACAGGGUUUUUUUUGGUUUUUUUUUGUGAGGUCACAAAUAUGCGAUUAGAAUGCUCUUAACGGAACGUUCUAACACUGAUGUAACAAUCGCCACUGGUAACUGAAAGCGUUGGGAGUUCUAGAACGCUGAGUUAGAAUUCUGAAAAACAUUCCAUCAAAGCGUUAAGUGUUUCCGCAGUAAAUUAUAUUGGUACAUUCAGUGUUACAGGCUACAGAUUAUGCAGAAGCUCGUGCUAUGGCUGCCUCUCAUCCACAACCAAACUAAAAUUUUAUCACGGACACUCAAGCAAAGAACUAAUGCUGCAGUAUUAAUGUUUUAGUCUACAUGGUAGAAGAAAACCAGUAUACCUCAUGCAGUUUCAUCAGUAAUUACUGAGUUGUAUUUGAAAAGUCAAAUUGUGAGCGAUAGUUGGUAUGAGUCGACUUGUGUGUAUUGUGUCGUAAGAUUGAAUCUUUAGUCGCUUAGUAAAAGUGUGUCUGUAAAACAUUUGGAUACCAGAAGUGUUAUUGUGUCUGUUUUCUUUCCCUUGUCCCUGUUAUUACACAAAACCUUGGAGAAAAAAACAGCGAUAUUUCAAAAGUAAACGACAGCAGUUUGUGGGCUGACUGGGAACAGAAUCUAGAUUAAGGGCUAACUUCUGGUGUCAGUCACUUGCAUUGUGACCUGUGAUUGGUUGGCGGUGGUGAGGGGGGAGGUCUUAUCCUUGGUGUGGGGUCAUUCUGAAUCCUGGUCAGCAGUAUUCCGAAAACGUUAGGCUGACUGUGUAACUGUGUGCUCUGUGUGUCAGUAAUUGUGUUUUUGUACAGAAUGAAGACAUUUUGCCUUUUAUUUUUUUAAACUGAAUUGUAAUGGCAUAUUUAAAAACCUAAAGUUAUAUUUCGUUCUCCCUAAGUUAUGUUUAGACAACAGCAAUAACAUUGAUUGUGUUAAUUAUAAGAUAAUAACUGUUUAUUAAAUAAUAAUGUACUGUAAAAAAAA